AUGACGGACAAUCACCCCUCUCCCGAUUACUCCCGCCCACAGUUUCCAGCUCAUAAUGAGCCGCGGGUUUGGGUAAUUACAGCUGGUGACUCGCCCACUGGGAUAUCAGUGACGCGGCAAAUUCUUGCGCAUGGCGACUACGCGUUUGUUGGACUGGCACAUUCGAAUUUGGAUCGGGAUGAGUGUCGUCGCGAUGGGUUCGAGGCGUUCAUGGCGGAGGUUGAGAGCCAUAGCGACGAGGGAUGGGGAGAACGAUUGAAAUCGGUUCCCUUGGAUAUACGGAUGAUGGGCGAGUGUCAAGCGGUGGUCGCUGAUGCAAUCGCAACAUUUGGCAAGGUGGAUAUCCUACUAUGCUGUACAAGUCAGGCACUUAUCGGAACCGUGGAGGAGCUCGCAGCCUCCCAGCACACCUUGAACUUCAUCCGAGACCAAUUCGAGGUCAACUACUUCGGACCUCUCAAUAUCGUGAAAGCAUCAUUGCCCCACAUGAGAAGACAAAGGUCUGGACAUAUAAUGAUCCUCUCGUCAAUUACAUCGCAUAUCGGCACACCCGGACUCGGGAUGUACUGUGCAGCCGGCUGGGCUCUUGAAGGAUUCUGCGACAGCCUUGCCUACGAAAUAGCUCCCUUCAACGUUAAACUCACCAUCUUUGAAUGCAGCAUUGAAAUCGGCAUCCUCACAAACCUCGUAACAAGCGUCCCACCAAUCGUUCCCGCAUAUUCCCCAUCCGCCAACCAUGCGCCUCUCUUCCGCGUCCUCCUGAAUCGUCUUAUACCUCGUCUGCCAAGUAGCGAAAGCCAGGGCCAACAAAAUCACAACCAAAACCCUGGCGAAGAUGGCCCAUUCUCCGUCCCCGAGAUCAUUUCGACAUACCCUCCACUCAGCUCCGCGCAUUUGGAAGUUUUGACUGCUGAGACUGUCUAUGCGAUUACGGCAAUUGGAGGCCACGAAAAUCCGCCGUCACGGCAUAUUGUGGGACAGGAAGGUGUUGCUAGUGUGAAGGAGAAAUUGAAGACUGUUAGUGAAGAAUUGGAGGACUUUAUCCAGUCGAGCUUUGCUGUUGAUUUUGCUGCUGAUAGUCCUUCUUGUCGGCCGCCGAAGGAUAACGACACACCUAUGGGAGGAACAGAGCAAUGA